AUUUCAUCUUUGGAACACUCUAACAGAUGGUGCAGUGAAGGCUUUUAAAGAAGGGAAAGUUAUUUGCAUUUGCUUGAAAUGAAUGCCUUGAAAGUGAAGUUAUCAUAAAAUCAGGUGGGACAAUCUGCCAAAACAUAGUUUCAGUCCUGCUAUCUCAACAUAAAUCUGAAGGGGAGGGCUGAUUCUACAGCAGACUGUAGCUGCAGGUACAGUGAAGGCGACUCAGCUCUCUGGACUGUAACCUGAAGUUUACUGUGGAAACUUCAGGGCAUUUUGUACUGGUUUCAUGGCUCUCCUUACCAAUGUCACCAUCCUGCUGGUCCUGGCUUGCAUUUCCCAUCAGUUGGUGUUGAGUAACUGCCAAAGGAGCCAAGGACGGAGGGGACGAGGAGGGGACAGAGGACAACACAAGGACAGGCCAGGGCUGACGGUGGGCCGCCGUUCAAAAUCUGUCUCUGCACAACCCAUUAAGGGCAAAAUAGUUACCAAAGACAAGUCCCAGUGCACCUGGGCAGCAAUAGGUGAGGACCUCUUCAGCCUUGGUAUCACCUGCAAGAAGGGGGACAGGAGCUUCAGCUGUGAAUAUGUCGCCAGACCAGCUGUCUGUCCCCAGUACGAUUCCAAUGUCAAACUUUACUGGAAGCAAAUCGCCAGAGCGCUGAAGAAGCAAAAGAGUUUGUGCCAGGACAGCAGUGCAUUGGUCAGGGCAGGUAUGUGCAAAAGAGCUGCCAGAGAUGCUCAUUUCAGACUCCAUAAUCCUCAGAGGAAGACUGACCCGCCUUCCAGUCCACAACCAGCCCCCAGAGCUAUCAAAUCCUGUAAACCUGGUAACAAGAAGCUGGCUGAGGAGCACUGCAACGAAUCCUGGUCAACUUUUUGCACUUUCUUUUUUACUAUGGUGCAGGAUUAUGAUUGCUGAGACA